AUGACCAAAAUCAAGGAAUUUGUGUCUGAAAACGACCAAAAUCCAAAAAAUUUUCAGAAAACGCAAACAAAAGCUGCAACGACAUGCAUAGCUUCACUAUCCGCAAACCCAAAAACAGCUAUUAAGAAGAGUGAAUAUGAUCAGGAAGGUAAUGAAGUAAAGUUAAAUAUCGCAGAUGCUACAGUUGGAAGCGGUUCGCAAAUAUCCGUCAAACCAAAGCCAGCCUCAAAACAAGUCGAUAAAUCCGAGAGUAAUCAGAAACAAAAAGAAAUGGAAACAAUAGGCGCAAAAACAGCAAUUGCAAACAAAUCACAAAAACUCACGAGCUCAAGUCCCACCAAAGCAAAAACGGUUAAGGUGGAAACUGGUGGAAAAGAAAGUGAAGCGGAAAAAGAUAUAAAGGACGCUAAUGCGAGCACUUCCAAUAAUUCGGAGAAAAAAAAUGUAAUUCCAGAAGGAGAAACAACGGAACGCCUAAGAACAUCAAUAUUACUUUCAAAUGAAAAAGUAGAAACUUCCCCAAUCGAGAAUUUUAAAUCCAUCAGCAUUGAAAGCGAUGAAAAGAAAAUUUUCAAAAAUCAACACUCUAGUGUUACUUGCUCAGCCACGCCUAAUAUUCCCACUAAAAAUUUGGAAGGGGAAUGUCCCACGAAAGAGGAAAAAAAUAUUUCGACGGAAAACGAAAACAUUGAAGCAGAACUUAAUGAUUUACAAGCGAUAAUUGAACAAUCGAAACUAGACAUUUCUGAAACUGAGAAAUCGCCGAAAGCACGCAGUCGCAAGAAGCGAUUCAGAAAUUUAAGAACUCCAGAGGUGCCUACUAGUGAGGAUGAGUUGAAAGAUACUUUAAAUGAUUUUAAAGGUUUUGAAGGCUUUGAUGAAGAUUUAGAUGGCAAUCAAUCAUCACUAAAAAACAAAAUAGAAAGGCAGAAGAAUGACGAAAGAAGUGAAUACAAAAAAGAACAAAUGGGAGUAAAACUAGAUAUGCCUAAAGAAACGCAUAUGGAACCUCAAGGAAUGUCUAGGGAAAAAGAUAUCGAAAAAUGUCAACCCUCUGAACAAUGCGAAACUACAGACAAGUUUAAAAAUAAGGCACAGAAAGGUAGUCCAGUACGUCCUACGGACCCUCCAGCUGUUGUACAUUCCGAAAAAAUUUCUCAUGAUAAGAAUGUGGAUGCAAAAUUCGAAAACAUAUACGAUUCAAAAAGCGUGAGACAUUCUAAAGAGGCAAAUAAAGUAUUACCAGUAGAAUCUAAAAUAAAGUCUGACAAAAAAGACUUUGGAAGAUCUCCCUCGUCAAUUGCAAGAGACUCUAAAAGCUCUGCGUUUAGUGAUUCUCGUAGAACGCCAACGAGAAGGGACAAGCAAUCGACAAAUGAUAGUAAAGGAAUUGUUACAAAUUCUCCGGAACACAAACCUUCAGCUCUUCAGGAGAAUAAACCUAAUGUGAAAAUGGGUAAAAGUGAGAUCCCUAAUUUAAAGAAAAAAAAUGAUGAAAAACUUAUAAGGGACAUAAACUUAGAAGAUGAAAAAAAUAGUAGCGUAGGAGUAACUGAUUUCAAGAAAAGCAAAAAUGUCGCCGAGAACGAAACCAAUUUAAAUUUAAUAAAUCCUGCAAAUGUAAAAGAAACCAAGGCUGAUAUUAGGACAACCACUGAUGUGUCAAGAAAAGACGAUACGAGAAACUCAAAAGAUCUAAAACAUUCUAAAGAUUCGAGAAGUUCAACAGAAGGCUCAAAAGAUCGGAAAGAGAUUAAAUUAAGUACAGGAGCGUGCAGUCCUCCAAGUACACCUUCGAAACAAAAACCAAAUUUCAAGGAUAAUGAAAGAAAGGAUCCUAUGGACUCUAGCAGCUCACGAGAAUCUUCGAAAGAUCGUAAAGAAAUCAAGUUGAUAAAACAAAUGUCCUCUCCUGUAAGUACGUCUUCAAAACAAAAACCUGAUUUCAAGGAGUCCUGUAGCUUAAGAGAAUCAUUUAAAGAACGUAAAGAUGGUAAGCCAACAAAAGAAGCAAGCUCCUUUGGCGAUUCUUUUAACUCACAAGAACCUUUAAAAGAACGAAGAUAUAGUAAAUCAACAAAGGAUAUGUCCAGUGGUACAAGUACACCUUCAAGACUAAAAUCGAUUUUCAAGAGUAAAGAAACGGCAUCUGCUAAGGACUCCUGCAGCUCACGAGAAUCGUCGAAAGAACAUAAGAAUGGCAGAGACACCAUAGAAAUUUUCUCGCCCACUAACACACAUGUUAAAAACAAAGACACAAGAUCUUCCAAAGAUUCCUGCAGUUCACGAGAAUCCUCGAAAGAACGUAAAGAUAGUAAAAUAGUAAAAGAAAUGUUCUCGCCUACCAGUAUAACUACAAAACAAAGAACCAAUCUUAGAGAUAAUGAAACAAGGUCAUCUAAGGACUCCUGCGAUGUUCGAGAUUUACCAAACGAUCGUAAAGAUAUUAAAUUAAUGACUGAAACAUCCAUAUCUGCAAGUACACAACAAAAAUAUAAUUUCAAAAAUAAAGAAAUAAAAUCCCCUAAGGACUUUCGCAGUUCACGAGAAUUAGCGAAGGAAAUUAAAGAUGGAAAGGCAGCAAAUGAUACGUGUAUGUUGGCGAGAACAUCUUCGAAAGAAAAGUUGGACAACGCUUCUGUAACAGACCUCAGAGGAAGUAAAAGCAAUCUGAUAUCAAAAGAUUUGACUGAGAGCAAGGACUCAACAGCAAAGAGCAAUAAAGACGUCUGCAAAACGAAAAGUUUGUCGCGCGAGUCGUCCCUUGAUUCGAAAUGCUCUGAGAAGCAAAAGACGUCUAGAUCAAGUAGAGACUCGUCCAGAGAUUCGCGAGAUGAUAAAGUACUACUAAAUUCUCCGAAAGAAAUAACGGCGCACUUUAGGGGAAGUUUGAAGGAAAUUUUCUCGCCACCGAAAAUAAAAUCUGUAACAACAAAAUCGACCACAACUUCAGAACCUAGAUCACUAACAAGAGUAGAAAAAGAGACGCUACAAGCUGUAAAAUCAAACGCUAACGAGAACAAAACAAACGAAAAAUCAAAAGGAAAAAGCAUUAGUAAAGAAGAGGACAGUUGCAGUGGCAAGAGUGACAGUAAAGCAAUAGAGAAACGAGUGCCUAAGUCCAGUAAUAUUGAGGAGUCAAACACGAAGGAGCGAGAAAUUAGUUCAGGAAAAAGAACAUUUACUGCGUCUACAGAUAAUGAAGAAAAGAUUGAAAAGAGAAAAAUCACAAAACCCAAUACAAUUGAAAAACUAUCAGAAAAGACGAAAGAGACUGAUGUAAGUAAGCAGAAGACUGCUCCCAAUUUUAAAUUUGAAGAAAAAACUGCAGAGAAGCUCGUUGAAAAACCGGAGGAAACGGUGAAAGAUUCAGCUAUAGUCCACAACACCAAAAUUAAGGAAAAGAUUAAGGAAAAAACGAUAAAAUCCAAUACGGUCGAAAAAUCAGUUCAUGAUGGAAAAGAAAAGGCUAUUUUACAUAACCCGAACGACACUUCCGAAGAAGCUAAUGAUAAAAAACCAAACUUUUCUACGACGCUACAAAAGUCGCCACCCGAUAAUGCCACAGCAAUGCGAAAGCUAUCAUCUGAUAAGUUAACGAUCGUUUCCAGAUCAUCGCCUAAUAAUUGUCAAGCCGUUCGGAAGUCGUUAUCUAAAGACAACAACUCCGACGUUUUGGAUGAAGCCUCGUCGAAGGCACCUCGUAUUUUAAGGGAUAGAUCCAAAGGGGAUCAAAAAGCUAGACAAGAAGAGCUCCCUAAAGCUUCUCCAGUUAAUGAUAAAUCGGCUACUCUUGCAAUGGAAGCUUCGAAAGUAUCGAAAACCAAAGAUACUUGUUCAGAAACAAACAAUCCAUUACCGGCGUCCGAAGAACAAAAUAAGUCUUCUGAUGAUUUAUCGAAGUACUUAAAUACUCAUAAAUAUCUAUCAUCACCGACCAACUCGACAUCGAGUCAAAAUAGUGAUACGAGACGUGCCGCGACUCCAAGCGUCAGUGAAAUUUAUCUCAGACGUACGUUGAGAAAACGAGGCGCGGAAUCUCCUUUCGUUGAAAAAGAUGAUGCGAAGAGAUUGUUUAAAGAACCGCAAGUUCAAAAGAAAGGUGCCAAAACUUCUAAGCAAGAAGAAGUCCCGAUAAUAUUUUCAUCACCUGUAGUCAGUUUAGUACAAAAUAAACGCAACCUACGUUCACCUAAUAUUGAAACUGGUAAAGAUGAUUUAUCUAUUGCCGCUAAGAAGCCCAAGCUGGAUUUAACACGAAAAUCUUUGCGGUCACGUAAAGUAGUGGUAGAAGAACUAGGAGAAUUAGAGACAAAAGUGUCUGCACAAAAUACACUAAAAAAAGUAAAGGUCGAAGUUAAAUCUUUACCGUUCAGACAAGAAAAUAAAGAUCAAGCAGCUGAACGACAGUUAAAUAAGCCCCUAACGGAUACAAGAAUUGGAUCCAUCGAGUCAUCUCCUAAAGAAAGUGUUAAAGAAAAGGAGAAAAAGUUUCUAAACAAAUUAUUUUCAAUAAAUCCUGAAGAAAAGAACACUGAAAUUCAUAUCGAGAAAGUAGAAACUGAUGUGAACGAUUCGGAGACAAACAACAGUCAAUCGACUUCUUACAGGAAAAGUUUACGCUCUGAAGAUGCUUUGAAGCAACAAAAUAAUUCA